AUGAGAAAUCACCGACCAAAGUUCAUUCAUUUUGUCAUCCACCUCACUGGGCAGUCGUUUGCUCCAAUCCUUCUGAUCUUGGGCAUGUCACAAGAAGGGAAAAUACAAAAGAGUAACUCCAGAAAAUGGGGGAGGCACAGCAAGAAGGCAUCGAUUGUGCGUUUUUUCUGUAAUUUCAUGUCGUAUUUACAAGAUGACAAUUACAUUGUCGAUUCCAGAAGCCCAGAGAAAGUUUUGAUAAGGCCGAGAAAAAUACCCAGUGUGAUGAUGAUGAGGUGGAGACAAAGAGGAAAUUCAGUGUUGUCCCGAGAUUCUUUCGAAAGGAUAAAAACAAAAGGAGCCGAAGUUGUUCCAAGGUAAAAUUGUUUUUAAGUAAAUUAACAAAAGCUACAGGAGAAUACCCAACAUUCCACCACACCCAGUUCUCACAGACGGAGAUUGGUGAACGAACAGGCUGAAGCUCAGCAACACAAAGCGUCCAAGGUUCAAUGCCAGUCGGAAUCCGGAUCUCAGACCAAGAAAAAGAAGGUCAAACAGAUAGAAAAUAAGAAGAAAAAAUCGUCAAAGAGAUCUCGGCCAGGAAGACAAGGGCAGCCAUCAACCCCGGCUGCAGCAACACCUGUUCCGGUCCCACAACAAGCACCACAAAAGGAAAGUCAUGCUGAUCUUCAGGAUGCCGCUAAUCCCACGACUUUUCAUGCACGAACAGGAAGACCGAAGAGGACUUAUAUGGAAGAGGAUGAUGAUGUGGAGAUAUCAGAUAGGGAAAUCAAAAAGUGCGAGGCCGCUGUGGUAGAACCUGAACCAGAAGUCGAGAAAGUGAGCGAUCGAAGGGCAGUAGUCAUCACUAAAUUCUGCAAAAACGGAGUUCGAGAGAUAAUCAAACAAUUCAAGGCAUUCAAGGAUAUGAAGCCAGCAGAGGACGAAUGCAAAGCAUUCAACGCUUUUGAAGUCAGGAAUCGGUAAAAAUUUCAUAAUGCCUCUAGAGUACACUCGGUUCCAGAUAUGCCGAUGUCUAUUGUCUUGACGCAACUCGUGUAAUUCUAAAAGGCCGAGAACGAGAUGAUGACUACAUCCAUGCUUCCUUCGUCCAUCUCCCCAACAGUUCCGUUCCCAAGUAUAUUUGUGCGCAAGGACCUACCGAAGAAACCGUAGCUGAUUUCUGGCAUAUGGUGAUGAAUGAAGAUGUAGGGGUCAUCGUAAUGCUCUGCCAAUUUGUGGAACAGGACGCUGAGAAGUGCGCGGAAUACUUUCCGGUUGAAUCUGGAGAAACUCAUUUGGCCGGAGAGUUCUCAGUUCACACGGAGAUGGUAGAGCCAUUGGAACACAAUAUAAUCACACGAAAGAUUACUGUAAAACAUCGGUAGGUGACUUGAUAAAUAUGUACGAAAGAUCUUGCAGGAAUUUCACGAGCAUGAUCAAGACCGUGACCCAUCUCUGGUGGAAUGAAUGGCCAGAUCAUUUGGCCCCUCUCGAGGCUGACUCCACUCUGUUUUUAUUGAAGCAGAUUAAGUCGAGAGUCGGCGACAAGAUGGCAUUGGUACAUUGUUCGGCAGGUAUUGGUCGUACUGGGACUCUUGUGGCCAUCGAUUUUGCUAACGAACAUCUCAAGAAUUCUGCGAAAGGACUUACGAUGCCAGAUGUGAGUUGAAAUCUUAUUGCGCGCGCGCCAUAAAAUUACCUGUAACUCGUACUGUCUCGGCAAAAGUUCUUGGAAUUCUCUGCGACUCCGCACCGUGCAUGAACUCGAAAAAACAUUUUGCACCGUGCAUCCAACCAAAAAAGUGUGGAAGCAGGCCCUUUCGGGGUGGGCCCUUUCGGGGUGGGCUUUUCGGGGUCGCCCUUCCGGGGUGAGCCCUUUCGGGGUGGGGCCUUCCGGGGUGGGCCCUUUUGGGGUCAAGGCAAAUACUGGGGUUUCCGGGUCCCGGAGCAGAAAUAAUUAUAUUUUUUUAAACUACUGAUUAAUUUCAUGACGUAAUCUUGUAAAAUUUUUGAAAAAAAUGAUAGAACAAACACCGAGAUUGAAAAUGCUAAAAAUGACAUUUGAUAAAAGUUGGAAACAACCGACUCGUGGGGUGUGUCAACGGCGCUGAAUUCGAAAAUCACAUUCAUUUUUUGAGAUUUUUUCAAAAUUAAAGAUACAAUAUUUUUAUUGCAGAAAUUCUUGAUUAUCAAGCCCCCUAUGUUUGAGAUGAAGCCCCUUACGUUUUAGAAAUAGCCCCCUACGUUUAAGAUCAAACCCCCAACGUAGUAGAUCAAACCCCACUUACAUUUUUUGUAUUAUUCUAAUUUGUUCAUUAUGUGGGGUGUGAAACGGGCAAAACAGUGGGGGUUUGAACUAGCUUUCGUGGGGGGCUGAACUACCGAAGCCCCAAGGAAACUUUUAUCAAAUGUCAUUUUUAACAUUUUCAAUCUCGGUGUUUGUUCUAUCAUUUUUUUCAAAAAUUUUACAAGAUUACGUCAUAAAAUUAAUCAGUAGUUUAAAAAAAUAUAAUUAUUUCUGCUCCGGGACCCGGAAACCCCAUUAUUUGCCUUGACCCCGAAAGGGCCCACCCCGGAAGGCCCCACCCCGAAAGGGCUCACCCCGGAAGGGCGACCCCGAAAAGCCCACCCCGAAAGGGCCCACCCCGAAAGGGCAGUAACCCAAAAAGUGCAUUUGCACAGUGCAAUUUUGCUUUUUUUGCCUUACGUUGCGCGCGAUUCCUGUUUUUCGCGGCGACAGGUCAACUUUUCGGAGUGCGACUGAAUUUGGGAAGUCGCGAAAAAUUCCAAGGACUUUUUGCAGUCGGCUGCCCCCAAAGUGUUUGACCGGAAGAGUCGCGACGCCGUUAUAGUAGUUUAAAUCCGGAUCAAAUUGGCCCAAAAAUCCUCAGGGGUGUAGUACUAUACAUGUUUGAAAUUUUUCCUUCGCCUAUAUCGAACGAUCGACUAAGGUUGGACUUUCGAAGUUCCUACCCUACUGGGUUUUGUCACCCGCUCUUUUGAACGGCAGCAUCCGUUGUUAAGUGACGCUUGCCAAAAAAGGUACACUUUUGUAACGGAGUGUAUUAUUUGCUUUAGAUCUGCAAGAAGCUGCGUCAGCAACGUGCCCAUGCUGUUCAGAGUCUCGUCCAAUACAUCUUUCUCCACGCCGCUCUCGCUGAAAUUGCACUAGAAGAGAAAUUGAUUAAGGAAGAUAAAGAAGUAGUAGUCAAAUUUGUCGACGAAUAUAAAAAACAUAUGGAAAAACUGAUUAGUAAGCUCAAGAAGAAGGAAUCAAUGCAAAAACCGGUCCUACAAGUCAUUGGAUUGGAUCUGAGACAAGCAGAAAGUGAGAAUCCGAGGACUGAAAUGGAGGCAAGGAAGCCUGUGGAUGAUAAAACUCAACCUCCAAAUUUUGUGAAAGGAGCUGAUGAAUUGAAGGAAUAA